CAGGUUGUUAAACGAACGCUAUUCAGUUAUAACGUAUUCGCUUGAAAAAAUUGCAGAUUGAUUUCUACAAAAGAAAAUAUAGAAAUCAAAACCGGUUCAGUGAACAAGUAUCCAAGCGAAAGGUCGUGGAAACGAAGAAUAUAAAAUUUUUUUACUUUAAAAGUCAGUCGAUUGACGAACAUCCGUCGAUACAAGUGUUUUCUUACAUCAUCAGAAUGGUUGAUCAACAACAUGAUAAAAAGGAACAACGUGUUAUCAACUUCGGUGCAGGACCGGCAAAAUUACCAGAAGAGGUAUUGAGAGAAGUACAGGCAGAGUUGCUUUCGUUUGCGGGUAGUGGGAUAAGUAUACUCGAAUUAAGUCACCGUUCGAAAGAUUUCGAAAAGAUCGUCAAUGGCGCGCAAAAUAUUUUACGAGAUUUGUUAAAUAUACCAGAUAAUUAUAAGAUUUUGUUCAUGCAAGGAGGAGGCACGGGAUUAUUUGCAGCUAUUCCAUUAAAUUUAAUGACCACCGGUACGGCGGAUUACAUCGUUACAGGAUCAUGGUCAGCCAAAGCAGCGAAAGAAGCAACUAAAUACGGAAAAAUUAAUAUGGUUUUACCAAAAGAAUCAAAAUAUACAGGAAUACCGGAUCAGAGUAAAUGGAAUUUGGAUUCGAAAACAUCUUAUGUUUAUUAUUGCGCUAAUGAAACCAUUCAUGGUGUCGAAUGGAAUUAUAUUCCGGAAACAAACGGAGUACCGCUCAUCGCCGAUAUGUCAUCGAACAUAUUAACGAAACCUCUGGAUAUUUCGAAAUUUGGGUUAAUCUUUGCCGGCGCACAAAAGAAUAUCGGACCAGCUGGCGUUACUUUGGUAAUUGUACGAGAUAAUCUUCUUGGUCAUGCCAUGUCAGUUUGUCCCUCUAUUUUAAAUUUCACCAUAAUGGCAAACGAUAAUUCUUUACAUAAUACUCCGCCUCUUUUCCAGAUAUAUUUUGUGGAUCGAGUAUUUAACUGGAUAAAAGAACGCGGAGGCGUUGAAACUAUGGAAAAAAAUGCAAUUAAAAAGAGUCAAAAGAUAUAUAAUGUAAUCGAUAAAUCUGAUGGAUUUUAUAAAUGUCCAAUCGAUAUAAAUGCACGCAGCAAAAUGAAUAUUCCAUUUAGAAUAAGAGACAAUGAUGAGGAACUAGAAAAAGAAUUUCUUUCUGGUGCAGUCAGUCGUGGAAUGCUUCAGUUAAAGGGUCACAGGUCUGUUGGUGGUAUACGUGCUUCAUUAUAUAAUGCAAUUCGAGAAGAUGAAGUAGAAGUAUUAGCAGAAUAUAUGAAAUGGUUUCAUAAACAGCAUAGUAAGAAGUAAAAACAUUGAUCAUCAAUUACAAAACAGUUUUUCAAUAUUGAUUUUAUUGCUCUGUAUUAUUUGUAAAUACAAGGCCAAUGUAUAUGUUUUGUACAAGUUUUAAAA